AUGAGCCACAGAGCUACGGCCUUGCCCAGGCCUCAACGGGGCCUGGGUGCCCCAGGCGGGGCCUUCGCGGGCAGGCCCCUCAGAGGCGGACGUGGGGGUGCCGCCCUCGAGGGGGGCGUGGCUGCACCGAGCGGCCCCUGCUGCUGCCAGAUGGGCCAGCAGUGGCCCGAAGAUGCCCAGGCAAAUGCGGGAACUUUGCCAGAGCAUGGCUUCCCCCCUUCCUGCCCUUGGCAUCUGCUCGCAGUUUUUCCGGUCGCCGCGCCCUCCUCCUUCCCGGCUCGUGCCGCCGGGCGGCGGCGGCAGCAGGUGCGCUCGGGUGCCGGCACGCACGGCGGCGGAGAGGCCACGGAGCUCUCGGGGCCUUGGCUCUGGUUCGCCAGCAUGGAGGCUCGAUUGGUCGCCAAGAUCUCUCUUUCACGGCGAUGA